AUCACAUUGUGCAGUUUCACCAGGUGUUUUAUUUUGAAAAUGUUAACAGGAAGUGCCGCUUGUUUCCGUAUCCGCUUUACGUCAUAGUCUUGACAGCCGGGUCGCAGGUGGAGGGUUAGCUGAGGUGGAGGUCCAUGAAUGAAAAAAAAAGCCAUGGAAGACAAAGCACAGAUCCAAGAAGCCAUUAAAGUGCAGGGGGAGGUGGUCCGCAAGCUGAAGGCAGAGAAGGCGAGCAGAGAGCAGUGCUAGGGUUGCUUACCACUUUUCUCCUGUUCUUCCCGCCUUACCCCGGAUGACCUCGGCCUGCCCCCGCUCUUCAUCAUCACCAUCAUCUACCUCACUGUCGGGAAUCCAAUCCUUCUGGAUGACAUCACUCCACUCACUUCGUGACUCUCCUUUAUACCGACUCUUGUGAUUGGCUGCUGUGGCUCGCUCUGGACAAUACUACUGGACAUGGCUGUACCCAUGAUGCACUCCUGAACUUUUGUGUGGACUUUUUUUUUUAACAUUUGUUUCCCUGUGCUGUGGAAUAAACAUGCUGGGCAUGUUUUGCAUUCGUGCUUGCUCUGGUCUGGUGGGCCGUUGGACUGCAACAUGCGUCCGGUCUCUGCAUGUUUUCCCUGGGAUCACUGUGGAUCAGAUCGAUGAAGAGGUAUCCAAACUGCUGCAGCUGAAGGCUCAGUUAGGAGGAAACGAUGGCAAAAAUCAGUUUGUCCUCAAGACGCCAAAGGGGACGAGGGACUACAACCCCAAGCAGAUGGCCAUCAGAGAGAAAGUCUUCAACACCAUCGUCGGCUGCUUCAAACGUCAUGGAGCGGAGACCAUCGACACACCUGUUUUUGAACUGAAGGAAACGCUGACGGGGAAGUACGGAGAAGAUUCCAAGCUCAUCUACGACCUCAAAGACCAGGGAGGAGAGCUGCUGGCCCUCCGAUACGACCUCACUGUGCCCUUUGCCCGCUACCUGGCCAUGAACAAGAUAACCAACAUCAAGCGUUACCACAUCGCCAAGGUCUACCGCCGUGAUAACCCAGCCAUGACCCGCGGACGCUACCGAGAGUUCUACCAAUGCGAUUUUGACAUAGCAGGGCAGUAUGACGCCAUGAUUCCAGAUGCCGAGUGUCUGAAGAUCGUCCAUGAAAUCCUCAGCGAGCUGGACCUCGGAGACUUCCGCAUCAAGGUCAACGACAGACGCAUCCUCGACGGGAUGUUUGCUGUGUGUGGCGUUCCAGAUGACAAGUUCCGCACCAUCUGUUCAACAGUGGACAAACUGGACAAGAUGCCCUGGGAGGAAGUGAAGAAGGAAAUGGUGAAUGAGAAGGGCCUGUCAGAAGAGGCGGCCGACCAGAUUGGGGAAUACGUCAGUAUGCAGGGUGGAAUGGACCUGGCUGAGCGCCUCCUUCAGGACCAGAAGAUGUCUCAGAGUAAGCUGGCCUGUGCUGGCCUGUCUGACAUAAAGCUGCUCUUCACUUACCUUCAGCUCUUCCAGGUCACGGACAAGGUGGUGUUUGACCUCAGUCUGGCCCGAGGUCUGGACUAUUACACAGGAAUCAUUUACGAGGCGGUGCUGACUCAGGCGGGCGUUGCUCCCGUAACCACUGAAGCCCAAAAUGGGGCGGCGGCAGAGGAGAGCGUCAGUGUGGGCAGCGUGGCUGGUGGGGGGCGAUAUGACGGCCUGGUGGGCAUGUUUGACCCCAAAGGAAGGAAAGUGCCAUGUGUGGGUGUCAGCAUCGGCAUCGAGCGGGUCUUCUCCAUCAUGGAACAGAAGGCCGAGGCCUCAACAGAGAAGAUCCGGACCACAGAGGUUCAGAUCAUGGUCGCGUCUGCUCAGAAGAACCUGCUGGAGGAAAAACUCAAACUCGUCACUGAGCUCUGGAAUGCUGGCAUUAAGGCAGAGGUGAUGUACAAGAAAAACCCCAAACUGCUGAGUCAGCUGCAGCACUGUGAGGAGUCUGGGAUCCCCCUGGUGGCCAUACUGGGAGAACAGGAGCUGAAGGAUGGAGUGGUGAAACUCCGAGUCGUGGCCACCAGAGAGGAGGUUGACAUUUCCAGAGCAGCUCUUAUAGACGAAGUCUGGAGGAGGACCUCUGCAGCUUAGCCAUUCCCUGGUUCUGUUCAGCCCGUCACAUCAUCUGAUCUUCACAAAGACACUCUGCACACUCUUCUACAGAAUUUCUUGUCUCGCCCCGAAAACUCAUUCUCAUAGCAGCCACAUAGACUGGUAUUAUGUUGCACACUGUAAUUAAGCAGGUAGCCAAAAACAAUGAGGCCAACUGGAAGUGUGUGUGACGUGGUGUGCUUCUUUAAAGGGAUCACUAGAGAACACCAUCCAGUUUACAUGAAAUGUAACUUGUAUUUUUGGAUUGUCAGAAAGAUAUGUGCUUGCUUUCAGUGUGAACGUUGUUUCAUGUGUUCAGGAUCAGCGAUGAGAAGCUUUUACUUUGUACCUGAACCAUCACAUGGUUUGUUCCACUUCAGCUCUUAAAGGAUCAUUUCUGCCUGUAUCAAACAUGCCUGUACUGUCGAGUGUCUGAAAUAAACCUGUUCAUCAUUAUGCUCAAUGCUACAAAACAGUC